AUGUCGACGCCAUGGCCGUGCUCCGCGUCGGACCAUCUCAUCCAAAUCGCCGCCAACUCGCCCUUGAAAAAAACCCAGGGGUUGACAUCUGAUCCCGAUGUUGCGUCGCCGCUCCCGCCGCUUCCUGCGUCAACAGUGGCGUCUCCUCUGCAGGAGCUUGUUUCAAAUACUGACGCGCCUUGUUCAUGCAACUCUUCAUUGCAUGGCGUUUCGGGCUUGACCGCAGCAGAAGAGCCGCGCAAUCAACCGCGGACUCGCGACGCGCAGCAGCUUUCCGCGGCUGGCGGGGGCGCAAGAGGACCAGCGCAACAGACUUCCGCGCAGGCGGAGGCGCAAGCGGAUUUCCGCGUGUUCUUCCGCCCUUUCGCCUCUCCGCCACCUGUGCGGCUGGACGUGGAUGGCGAGGGCGGGUUCGCGCAACUUCUUGCUUCCGCGGAUUCCGCAGUUUCUUCCGCCAUUCCCCCUACCUUCGCGCUGGACUCGCAGUCCGCGGAAGGGGAACGGGGAGCCGAGCUUGGCGGUCUUCCAUCGCGCAGCUCCACAGUCGGGGGGGUUGCGGGGAGCGCAGAGCGCUGGCGCGCGCUUACAACGGCGAGGGUUGCGGGGAGCAGAGAGGGCUGGGGGGCUCGAAGAGAUUACCUAGAAAGGGCAGUGAAUGGAUUCUGGACGGGGGAAGGCGCAGGAGAAGGGGAAGCGGAAGAGGAUGAGGGUCUGCUUCCGCAAGAUUUACAACAGCUGCGGGCGGAGCGCUAUCCGCAGAGAGAGGAGUAUCCACGUCACCCGUAUCACCCGCGUCAUCCGUAUCACCUUCAUCACCUGCAACCGCAGCAGCAGCAGCAGCAGCAUCAGCAGCAGGGAUUGGGGUCUUCAACGCUGGGUGACUGGGGAGAGCAGCUUCCGCGUCGGCCGUCAAGGCCAAACGUGCAGGCUGCCGGCCGUUCCAGAUUUGCCGGCCGGCGCGUUCGCACGAGCCCGCUGAACUCGGGUCUCUGGGUGGCGGCGGAGUUUGUCUUUCUCCUAGCAAGGGUGCAGCAGCCGCCCGUUGCAGCACUAGAGGCUGUAGCGGGGCAGUUUGUAGCGAGACAGCCAGUAGCGGGGCAGUCUGCAGUGGGACAGCUUGUAACGGGACACCUUAUAGUUGGAGAGAGAGAGGCCCUGACGACCAGCGCAGUUGGCAGGUGGCCAGUGGGAAGCGCGGAGGGCACUUGGGGGAGGGCGGGGGGCGCUGGGGGAAAUGCGCACUGCGUAGGGACGAAUGGGGAGAGCGCGCGGGGGAGUGAUGAGGGCGCGCGGUUCUGGGAGAGCUAUGUGGCGGAAAGGGCAGUGGCGGCAGGGGAGUUGGCGCAGCAGAAUUGGGCGGAGGAGGGGAGGGGGUGGUGGGGGUGCAUGUGGCGGUUUUUGAACGAGAUUGCUGAUGACUGGCGGGACGAAUCCAGGCUUGUGGUGAUGGUGGAGCGAUACAAGGUCACAGUGGACUGCUUCUUUGCAGUCUGGUUUGUGCUCGGCAAUAUCUGGGUCUUUGGCGCCAACUCCGCCGCCCAGGCCGCCCCAAAAUUGUACAAUCUGAGCGUGGUGUUCCUGACUUUAAGCUGUGUGAGCUACGCCAUGCCCUUCCUCCUCUGCGCCACCAUCUGCUGCUGCCUGCCCUGCAUCAUCACGCUCAUGGGCUUCGACAACGAUAUCGCCUCCAUCUCUCCAGCCUCUAAAGGUGCUGCUCCUGAUGAGAUUGCGUCUCUGCCGUGCUUUAAGUAUAAGGAGCUGAAGCGGAGGAGGGAGGGGGGGGUUGGCGGGGAUGGGAAGGGGAGCAGCAAGUGGAGUGGUGAGAGCAGAGGCGAUGGCGAUGGUGGUGGUGGUGGUGAUGGUAGUGAGGGAAUGAAAACACCUGAACGAAACCCUGUUAGCAGCAGCAGUGGUAGUGGCAGCAGCAGCAGCAGCAGCAGCAGCAGUGCCAGCAGUGCGAGCAGCAUUAGCAGCUCCCCAAGCCUCAGGAGGAACCGGAGGCGAUCGCAGCAAGCACUGGCGGCAACCAGGAAGACAGCUGAGACAGCUGAGUAUGGCCCGAUGAGAGCGGAAAGCAGGGAAGAGGAGAGCACUCUGAGCGCCAGAGCCUACAUUAGUGGCACCGGCAGCUGUGACAGCGGCGGCAGCAGCAGCGGUGGCAGCGGCAGGGACAGGUGCAGCAGCAGGAGCGGGAGCAGCGAGAGCAUUUGCAGCAGUGGUGUGGGUGGAGGGGAGGAGUCGGAUGGUGACAGCUCUUCGGAUGAGGUGGGACUGCUGUGGGCUGGGACGGACAAGGAGCGAGUAGUACAAGGGGAGGAUGCGGUGUGCUGCAUCUGCCUGGGGCACUACAAGGAUGGGACGGAGCUCAGGCAGCUUCCCUGCAACCACCACUUUCACCAAUCCUGCGUUGACACGUGGCUGCGGAUCAACGCCAGCUGUCCGCUCUGCAAGGUGGACAUCAGCGGGCGGCCCAAGGAGGCUGUGGAUCCUGGGAUGGUCGGCGGGGCAGCGGAGACUUUUCUCGCCCUUUCCCCCGCCCGCGCCCGCCGCGCUCCUGCGUUGAACACCACAACCAGUUUCCGCCAUCCGCCUUCCGCCUCGACAAGGAGCUUUCAAGGGCAUAUUUGCUCACAUGUCCGCGCAAGUGCCCGCGGGAGUGUCCGCGCAAAGGCCUACGUGGGUCCUAUCACGGGAUCUUCCGAUGCGGAAAACGUGGAGGGGCUCGCGGAGGGGGGUUCGGAAGCGGAAAGGCGCGCGGAAUGGGGGAAUCUUGAAGAAAACGGCGCUGUUUCCGACGUGCCCGCGGAAUGGGGGAAUUUGGGGCGGAGCCUUGAGGGCGCGGAGGCGCGGGCGGAUGGGGGAAGUCACGGGGCGGACGGGGGAAGUCACGGGGCGGAAGUAGAUGGAAUCGAAGCAGCGGCUUUGGAACCAGCCGAGCGCGCACAUGCAGGAGAAGCCGCGCAGGCGCAGUCUAUCGAACAACCCAUCAAGAAUUCCGCAGGUGCUGCAGUGACAGACGGAGCAGCAGCAGCAACAACAGCAGCAGCUGCAGCAGCAGCAGCAGCAGCAGCAGCAACAACAGCAGUACCAGCAGCAGCAGCAGCAGCAACAACAGCAGUACCAGCAGCAGCAGCAGCAGCAACAACAGCAGUACCAGCAGCAGCAGCAGCAGUUCCAGCCACGGGAGAAGCAGCAACAGUACCAGCAGAAGCAGCAGCCCGGUUGGCACCAGAAACCCAACAGCAACAGUUGGAGCAGCAGCAGCAGCAGCAGCAGCAGCAGCAGCAGCAGCAGCAGCAGCAGCAGCAGCAGCAGCAGCAGCAGCAGCAGCAGCAGCAGCAGCAGCAGCAGCAGCAGCAGCAGCAGCAGCAGCAGCAACAGCAAGAACAGCAACAGGAGCACGCGGGUGAGCAGGCGGGUGAGCGUGGGGGCAGCGAGCAGGGGGGCAGCGAUCCGGGGGUGGGGGUGAUGGGCGUGGGGUUCUUGGAUUACAGUGACGAGGAGGAGGGCGGGGAGGAAGCUGCGUGGGUGCUUCUUGACGUCCAUGGUAUGCUCCCUCUCUUUGUACCCACCCGUUCUUGUGCUCCCCUCCCCUCUCUCUCACACUCUCUCCGUCCCUCCGCGUCCUCUCCCUCAAGUACCCUCCAGUUUCCUUCCUUCUUCUGCCUCCUCUACCAUGUCUUAUCCCCUCGCACCGCGUACUAUGCGUACCGCCCUCCCUCCCUCCCUCCCUCCUCUGCAAUCCAGCACGAGGAGGACACGGUGGUGUUCCGGUUUGGGUCGAGGGAGCAGGCAGAGGCGCGGGUGGCGCAGUUGGAGCAGCAGGCGCAGAGCCUUAGGGAGCAGAUCCAGGACGCGGAGAGGGAGAGGCAGGCGCGGCAGCAGCUACAGUGGGACGAGCAGCAGAGGGAGCAGCAGCAGAGGGAGCAGCAGCAUUGGGAACAGCAGCAGAGGGAGCAGCAACAGUGGGAGGAGCAGCAGAAGGAGCAGCAGCAGCAGCAGCAGCAACAGGUGCAGUUGGGGUGGGACGAGCAGCAGCAACAGCAACAGGAGCUGCUGCAGCAGCAACAGCAAGAGCAGCAGCAGGGGCAGGGGCAGCAGCAGGGCUUAAACGGAUACGAAGAGGAGAAGCAGAGGGAUGGGGGCAGCACAGGGUGGGAGACCGGUGCUUCCCAAACUCCAGCUUCCAAUCCCAUUUACCCAAACGGCGCGGUUCUAGAAGAGGAGGAGGAGGUGUUCCCAAUCCCAAUCCCUGCUCCAGUCCCAGUGAUGCAGUCAGAACUGGAGGCGCUGCAGUCGGUAAAGCAAGGGGAGGGAGCGGUUGAGCAAGCAAUGCAGGAGCAAGGAGCACAGGAGCAGUACGCUUCAUGGGGAUUUUACGCCGAGCCAGGAGCAGCAGAGCAGGCCUCAGCAGAGCAAGGGCCAGCACAGGAGGGAGGGACAUUUUCAGGAGAGGAGGCGGCAGAAACCAGUCUGCAUGAGGAGGAAAGCAGGAGUCUGGCCAUUCAAGCCUCCGAGCGCAAGGAGGAGGUGGUGCUGCAUCAGCUGCAACUCAAGGUCGGAGUCUACAGCGUGCCCCACCCUGCCCGAGCGUCAAGGGGUGGUGAUGAUGCUUACUUGGUGGAGGGCAACUGGCUGGGCGUGGCUGAUGGCAUUGGCACGUGGACUGACCAAGGUAUCAACGCCGGCUUGUAUUCCCGUGAGAUGAUGUGGAACUGUGUCAACGUGAUUCGGUCGCGGCAGGAAGGAGCAGACAGUGACGAGGACGAGGAGAGCGACGACGACUUUGCCGACCAUCUUGAAGGCAGAUCCGAUUCUGAGCUAGAUUCGGAUCACAACGACUCAGCAGGCGUCGGCCGGGGGCCGGCGGGCGGCAGCGUGGACGGCAUGGGCGGCACAGGCGACGGGGCGGGCGGCAGGAGGGGGAGGGGCGUGGGGGGUGCGGAAGGGGGGGUGGUGAGCGGAGUGGGGGCUGGGGGGGAUGAUUACGACUAUGGGUAUUAUGAUGAUGAGGAUGAUUUAGACCCAAUGGAUCCCAAGGGGGUGAUUGAGGAGAGCCACAGCCGCACGGACCUACGAGGGUCCUGCACCAUCACCCUCGCUGUUCUUGACAAAGAUCGCCUGCGAGUGGCAAGCAUAGGCAGCUGCGGCUUUGUGCUGCUGAGGAGGGGCGAGCUGGUGAUCCGCUCGGAGCGCAUGGAGCACUCUUUUGGCAACCCUUUCCAAAUCGGGCAUGAGGCAGGGGACGGCCCUGACUGCGCCAAGGAUUACACCAUUCCUGUGCAAGCAGGCGACGCCAUUCUACUAGCCACCAACGGGCUGUUUGACAAUCUCUUUCUCGACACCAUCGUGCGCGUGCUGUGUGCUGCGCUGGGAGAGGGGAAGAGACCCGAGUCUGUGGCUCGCAAGCUCGUGUCGAUGGCACAUAAAGCAGGCGAGAGCACAGCAGAGCCCACACCGUAUGCAAUAGCAGCCAAGGCAGCAGGGGUGCACCAUGAAGGGGGGAGGCGGGACGAUGUGACUGUGAUAGUGGCUUAUGUGCAAUAA